GCAGGUGGAUUGAGUGCGCCCGUUUUGCGUAAGCCCUUAAGAGGCAGCGGUGUGGCGUCGCCGCCGAAGCCGCUGCUGUGUGCAGGGAACGCGGGGACGCUCUCACGCGGCGCUCGGAGACAUGGACCGCUUGUGCAGCGCGGGCUCUGCGGAACCUUCAGACCCGUUCUGGGACUGGAACCGCACAUGGUACUCUCAGAACCCAGACGUGACCCAGUGUUUUCAGAACACACUCCUCGUCUGGAUCCCGUGUCUCUACCUCUGGCUGCUCGCACCUUUUUACUUCCUCUACCUCAGAAGCCAUAACCGCGGCUACAUCUGUAUGAGCCACCUGAGUAAAGCCAAAACCGUCACUGGGUUACUGCUGUGGAUUAUCUGCUGGUCAGAUGUCUUCUACUCUUUCUGGGAAAGAGGCCACGGGGUUGCAGUCGCACCUGUUUACCUCGUCAGUCCCACGUUGCUCGGGAUCACCAUGUUGCUGGCUACGUUUUUCAUCCAGUACGAGCGGAUGAAGGGCGUCCAGUCCUCCGGCGUGAUGCUCCACUUCUGGCUCAUCGCUUUAAUUUGUGCCACGAUCACAUUUCGUUCGAAGAUCCUGUGGGCGAUCAACGAGCCUGAUUCUGUGAACACCUUCAGAUACACCACGUUCUACAUCUACUACGCCCUGCUGUUGAUCUCACUCAUCCUGUCCUGUGUUUCGGACCGGCUGCCGCUCUUCUCCCCGACCGUCAAAGACCCGAAUCCGUGUCCAGAAGUGGGAGCGAGCUUCCUGUCCAGGAUCACUUUCUGGUGGAUCACUGGGAUGUUGAUGCGUGGCUACAAAAAGCCCUUGGAAGAGAAAGAUCUGUGGUCCCUGAAUCAAGAGGACGAGUCUCACACGGUCGUGCCUCAGCUGGUACACUGCUGGAACCACGAGUGCAACAAGGUCAAAAGCAGACCGGCAGACAAGGCCAUGUACUCUCCCAAACGCCCGGCUAAGCCCGAGAGCAAGGACGAGCAGCCGAUUGAAGAGUCCGAGAUCUUAAUCUCCAAAUCUCCUCAGAAGUCGCGAGAGCCGUCGCUCUUCCUCGCCCUGUGCCGGACUUUCGGACCGUACUUCCUCGUCAGCUCCGUCUUCAAGUUCAUCCACGACAUCCUGAUGUUCGCUGGACCAGUAAUCCUCAGUCUGUUGAUCCAGUUCGUGAAUGACUCCAGCGCCCCCUACUGGCACGGCUACUUCUACACGGCUCUGCUGUUCUUGUGCACCUGCGUCCAGACGCUCGUCCUGCAGAAGUACUUCCACGUGUGUUUCGUAACGGGGAUGAGGCUGCGCACGGCCAUCGUGGGCGCCGUGUACAGAAAGGCGCUGGUGAUUACGAACGCGGCUCGCCGCACGUCUACGGUCGGAGAAAUCGUGAACCUCAUGUCUGUCGACGCGCAGCGCUUCAUGGACUUGAUCACGUACAUCAACAUGAUCUGGUCGGCGCCCCUCCAGGUCGUCUUGGCGCUUUACUUCCUCUGGCAGUAUCUGGGGGCGUCUGUGCUGGCCGGCGUUGCAGUGAUGGUUCUGAUGGUACCAGUGAAUGCAGUUAUAGCCAUGAAAACCAAAACCUACCAGGUCGCACAGAUGAAGAGUAAAGACAACCGGAUAAAGCUGAUGAACGAGGUGCUGAACGGCAUCAAGGUGCUGAAGCUCUACGCCUGGGAGCUGGCCUUCAAAGACAAAGUGUCUCAGAUCAGAGAGAGUGAACUGCGCGUGCUGAAGAAGGCCGCCUACCUGGCCGCCGUGUCCACCUUCACCUGGGUCUGCGCUCCCUUCCUGGUGGCGCUGUCGUCGUUUGCCGUGUACGUGCUCGUGAACGAGAAAAACAUCCUGGACGCGCGGAGGGCCUUCGUGUCCCUCGCCCUCUUUAACAUCCUGCGUUUUCCUCUGAACAUGCUCCCCAUGGUCAUCAGCAGCAUGGUGCAGGCGAGUGUCUCGCUGAAACGUCUGCGUGCGUUUCUGUCUCACGAGGAGCUGGACGAGGACAGCGUGGAUCGCAGAGCGGUUACAGGCUCCCCUGAAAGCAUCAGGAUCACAGACGGGACUUUCAGCUGGUCUAAAGACGACCCUCCUGCUUUAAAGGGUGUUAACGUGUGUAUUCCUGAAGGAGCUCUCGUUGCUGUAGUCGGUCAGGUGGGUUCGGGCAAAUCCUCCCUGCUCUCUGCUCUCCUCGGAGAAAUGCACAAACAGGACGGCUCAGUGUCAGUUAAGGGUUCGGUGGCCUACGUGCCCCAACAGGCGUGGAUCCAGAACGCCACUCUGAAGGAGAACAUCUUGUUCGGGCAGGAGAUGAAGCAGAGCUGCUACCAGAGAGUGCUGGAGGCCUGCGCCCUCCUCCCAGACCUGGAGAUCCUGCCUGGAGGAGACGACACCGAGAUCGGAGAGAAGGGAGUGAAUUUAUCGGGCGGUCAGAAGCAGCGUGUGAGUUUGGCCCGGGCAGUGUACUGCGACUGCGCCGUGUAUCUGCUGGAUGAUCCGCUGUCGGCCGUCGACGCUCACGUGGGGAAACACAUCUUCGAGAAGGUUGUUGGGCCUCAGGGCCUCCUGCAGGGCCGCACACGCGUGCUGGUGACCCACGGGCUCAGCUUCCUGCCCCAGGUCGACCUGAUCCUGGUGAUGGAGGACGGACAGAUCAGGGAGGCGGGCUCGUACGCAGAGCUGCUCGGCCGUCACGCCGCCUUCGCCGAGUUCCUGCGCACUCACACCAACACCGAGCAGGAGGAGGAGAGCGACGGGGUCGGAGAUACGUCUCCGCGGAAAACUCUGGAAAACGGAGGUCCAGCGGCUCUGCUCAGACAGAGCCAGGUGUCCUUAGACGCAUCCGGAGCCGUAAAACAGAAAACCGAAAGCAAAGACGCCAAAGAGCAGAAAACUAAAUCAGCAGACGCCGCCAAACUGACCGAGGCAGAUAAAGCCAAGACGGGCAGAGUGAAGUUCGCCGUGUUCUGGGACUACAUGAAAGCCAUCGGUUUGUGUCUGUCCAUCUUUAGCGUCUGUCUCUUCUUCGCCCAUCACGUAGCGUCUCUGGGUUCUAAUUACUGGCUCAGCUUGUGGACGGACGACCCGGUCAUUAACGGCACUCAGCCCAACAGAGACAUGCGACUCGGGGUGUACGGCGUGCUGGGACUCGCACAAGGCAUUGCCGUGUUCUCUUACUCCAUCUCCGUGUCCAUCGGUGGGGUCCUGGCGUCCCGCUUCCUCCACGAGACCAUGCUGUAUAACGUCCUGCGCUCGCCCAUGUCGUUUUUCGAGCGCACUCCCAGUGGGAACCUGGUCAACCGCUUCUCCAAGGAGACGGACACCAUCGACUCGGUGAUCCCCAGCAUCAUCAAGAUGUUCAUGGGCUCCAUGUUUAACGUGCUGGGGUCGUGCACCGUCAUCCUCCUCGCCACUCCGCUCGUGGCCAUCAUCAUCCCUCCCCUGGGGCUCUUCUACUUCUUUGUGCAGCGUUUCUACGUGGCCUCGUCUCGCCAGCUGAAGCGUCUGGAGUCUGUGAGCCGCUCUCCGGUGUACACGCACUUCAACGAGACGCUGCUGGGGACAAGCGUGAUCCGCGCCUUCGGAGUGCAGAGCAGCUUCAUCGGGGAGAGCGACAGACGAGUGGAUCACAACCAGAAAGCCUACUUCCCUAGCAUCGUGGCUAACAGGUGGUUAGCAGUGAGGCUGGAGUUCGUGGGGAACUGCAUCGUGACGUUUGCUGCACUCUUUGCUGUGAUGGCCAGAGACAGCCUGAGUCCAGGCCUCAUGGGACUUUCCAUCUCCUACGCUUUGCAGGUCACUGCGUCUCUUAACUGGUUGGUGAGGAUGUCUUCGGAGAUAGAGACGAACAUCGUAGCUGUGGAGAAAGUGAAGGAGUACGAAGAAACCGAGAAAGAGGCGCAGUGGAAACUGGAGAAGAGCCUCACUCCUGCCGGAUGGCCCACCGUCGGCCACGUGGAGAUCCGGGACUUCGGCCUGAGGUACCGACAGGACCUGGAACUGGCCAUCCAUGACAUAAAUGUGACCAUCGAGGGAGGAGAGAAGGUGGGGAUCGUGGGUCGGACCGGAGCGGGAAAGUCGUCUCUCACCCUGGGACUGUUCCGGAUCAUCGAGGCGGCGCAGGGAGACAUCUGCGUCGACGGACUGAACAUCGCCGAGCUCGGGCUUCACGAGCUGCGCUCUCGCAUCACCAUCAUCCCUCAGGACCCGGUUCUGUUCUCCGGAUCUCUGCGCAUGAACCUGGACCCGUUCGAUGGUUACUCUGAUGACGAGGUGUGGAAAGCUCUGGAACUCGCUCAUCUCAAGAGCUUCGUGUCGGGUCUUCAGGACAAACUGAACCACGAGUGUUCCGAGGGAGGAGAGAACCUCAGUCUGGGACAGAGGCAGCUGGUGUGUUUGGCGCGGGCGCUCCUCAGGAAAACGAAGAUUCUGGUUCUGGAUGAAGCCACAGCAGCUGUAGACGUGGAGACGGACGAACUGAUCCAGUCCACCAUCCGCACACAGUUUGAGGAGUGUACAGUGCUGACCAUCGCUCACAGACUCAACACUAUUAUGGAUUAUACACGGGUGUUGGUUCUAGAUAAAGGACAGAUGGUGGAGUUCGAUUCUCCGUCCAGUCUCAUAGCGAAGAGAGGGAUCUUCUACAGGAUGGCCAAGGACUCGGGUUUGGUCUGAUUAUGGCAGGAAAAAAAAAAACAAGAGACAGUCUUUCUGGCACAGUCACUCUGUGAUUAACCGUCCGUUCUAGAACACGGCCAGCACUCUAGAACCCAAUUUUCAUCUUAGAACACGGCCGCCACUCUGGAAUCCAAUCUCCGUACUAGAACAUCCCCAUCUCUCCGGAACCCACUCAUCAUUUAGAACAUGGCCGUCCCUCCCAAACAACCAUUUGAUCAUUCACAGUCAUCACUCCAGAACCCAAUCUCCAUUCUCGAACAUGGCCGCCACUCCGGUAUCCACUCCUCACUCUAGAACACGGCGUCACUCCGGAACCCAUUCUUCAUUCUAGAACACGACCCGACAGUUCAGACCCCACCCUACGUUCUAGAACACCGCUCUCAUGCCAGAAGGAACUGUCCAUUCUAGAACACUGAAGUGGGCGGAGUCUGUGGAGAUGCUAAACCUCCAAAGGCACUUUCUUUCCCCUGCUGCUGGACGAGCUGUUACUGGAGCUCAUCGCUGUGGGUUUGGAGAAAGACUCGAGUUUCUCAACCAAAAAAAAAGGAAUAUAUUUGGUCGGGUUUUAUUUUUAAAGCAGAAGAAAGAAAAAGAGUUCAGUUUAAAGCGGCAUUUCUGAGUGUGUAGAAUUAUUAUUUUUAUUUUUGUCUGUCUGUAUAUCUGUCUGUCUUUAAGCCAGAUGUUAAGGCGUUUAUUACAGUCUGAUCAGGCUUUGGAGCAAAGCAAAGUCGACUCUUGUGUAGAAUUAAGUCCCUGAAUACCUCCCUCAUGAAGACACUUAAAGCA